UCACCAUCAAUCAACCAUCCCCAAUCAGCAAAUCCACAAUGAGAGCAGCAACUAUCAUCUCCGCCAUUCUCGUCCUGGCAGCCUGCCUUCCAAGGAGCAGCGAAGCGGUGACCUGCACCGCUGACGCCACCGUCGCAGGAUGCAUCAACUGCACCACCAAUCCAACCGAUGCCGAGUGCGUUGCCGAGGCAGCCGCCGCCACCACCACCACCACAACCACAUUGGCUCCAACCUCGACCACCGUUGCGACCACCACCACAGCGCCCACGUCAGCAAGUGGAUCCGGAACCGGAAGUCGUAAGAUCGUCAGCGUAAACAACCUGCGCUACUCCGUCAACCGUCGCAUCCGGAUCAACACCACCACAUCCCGCUCCUCCGGACGCACCGGCAGACGCUCCACCAAAUCCAACAGCAACAGCAAUACGAAGACCAACCGCAACCGCAGGAGCAGGAACAACUCCAGAGGCAGACGUGGAAAUGUUCGCGUCGUGGUUGGUUAA